AUGGUUCGCUUGUCCGCUAGUGCCAUAGCAUUGGCUGUGAGUUUUCUACCUCGUUUCGUUCAGGCAGAUGGCCUCGACACCGCGGCUGUCGCCCUAGGAAAACUAUACUUCGGAACGGCGACUGACAACCCUGAGUUGAGCGAUACUGCCUAUGAGACUCAGCUGAAUAACACAAACGACUUUGGUCAAAUCACUCCGGGAAACUCACAAAAGUGGGACGCUACGGAGCCAACACAAAAUACCUUCACAUUUACCAAGGGUGAUGCCAUUGUCGAUCUGGCAGAAGCCAAUGGUCAGAUGGUCCGGUGCCAUAAUUUGGUAUGGCAUAAUCAAUUACCAAGCUGGGUGACCAGUGGCACUUGGACCAAUGCAACGCUGGUGGCAGCAUUGAAGAACCACAUUACCAACGUAGUCACACACUACAAGGGCCAAUGCUAUGCAUGGGAUGUUGUUAAUGAAGCUCUAAACGAGGACGGAACCUACCGCACGAGUCUCUGGUACCAGACCAUUGGCGAGGCCUACCUUCCCAUUGCGUUCGCCACGGCCGCUGCUGCAGACCCAAAUGUCAAGCUCUACUAUAACGAUUACAAUAUUGAGUACGCUGGGAGCAAAGCAACUGGCGCGCAGAACAUUGUCAAGCUGAUCAAGUCCUACGGCGUGAAGAUCGAUGGCGUCGGAUUGCAGGCCCACUUCAUUGUCGGUAGCACACCUAGCAGGAGCGCGCAGGCGAGCAAUAUGGCAUCAUUCAUCAAUCUCGGAGUUGAGGUCGCUAUUACGGAGCUGGAUAUCCGGAUGACGCUGCCUUCGACGGAUGCUUUGCUUGCGCAGCAAAAGACGGACUAUAGCAAUACUGUCGGUGCCUGCUCAGAUACCAAAGGCUGUGUGGGUGUCACCAUCUGGGACUGGACCGAUAAGUACUCGUGGGUUCCGAGCACAUUCUCGGGCCAGGGCGCCGCUUGUCCCUGGGAUGAGAAUCUGGCCAAGAAGCCUGCAUAUACGGGCAUCUUGACUGCACUGGGUGGCACGGCCACGGCGACCACGACCACCCAGGUCACGAGUACCUCGACGACUUCCUCCAGCUCUAGCACGUCCACAAGUGUUGCUGCACAUUGGGGGCAGUGUGGUGGAAGCGGGUGGACAGGGGCCACGACCUGUGCGAGCGGGUAUACCUGCACCUAUUUCAAUGAUUGGUACUCGCAGUGUCUAUAG